AAAAUUCCUUUCAUUUCUCAUUUGAAAUCUGUUUAAUCGACCGAAAAGUGCAAAAAAUGUUUGAGAAAGUGAUCGAAGAUUUUCGCAAAAAUGGUUUCGCAGUCAUUCCGGACUUCAUUGACGGCAAGUUCGUCGAAGAACUUAAACAACGGAUCCACGAGUUGGUUGAGGACAUGGAUGUGAACAAAGAGAAGCUAAACACAGACUCGACGACCAAUCCUAAUGUGGACGUGGAGUCUGCGGACAAAAUCCGAUUCUUCUUCGAGAAGGAAGCGUUUGACGAAAAGGGAAACCUAAAGAUCAACAAACAUAAGGCUCUCUUCCGGAUCGGCUUCGCUCUGCACUGUUUGGACCCGACGUUCAAGAAGUUGACGUUCAGUCAGAAGGUCCAGACGCUGGUCAAGGAGUUGGGUUUCGUUGAGCCCCGGGUGGCACAGAGUAUGUAUAUAUUCAAGAACCCGGAGAUCGGAGGCGUGUUUAUCCCCCAUCAAGACGCCACUUACCUGCACGCCGUGGGCGAUGACCUCCGGGAGGUUGGCGUCUGGUUUGCGCUCGAAGACGCCACUGAGGACAACGGGUGUCUGUCGUUCAUUCCGGGCUCACACAAGACAGGUCUUCAUCGACAGUAUAUCCGCAAUGAGAAGGAAAACGAUCCGCCGUUUGUGUUCACGAAAGACAACCCCGACUAUAAGGACAGUGACUUCGUGGCGGCGCCCGCCAAGAAGGGGUCGGCCGUUCUCAUCGACGGACUGGUCGUCCACAGGAGCGCUGAGAAUCGG